UGACGUGCUCUCCGUGUCGGCGUCAGAAGCUCCAGCAGCUCCGCUUCAUCCUCCAUCCUCCAGGCUAAACCUCCUCGACCGUCUACAGCCAGAAAAUAUGAGGGAGAUCGUGCAUAUUCAGGCCGGACAGUGCGGCAACCAGAUUGGUGCUAAGUUCUGGGAGGUGAUCAGUGACGAGCACGGCAUUGACCCAACAGGAACCUACCAUGGAGACAGUGACUUACAGCUGGACAGGAUCAGUGUUUACUACAACGAAGCCUCAGGUGGGAAGUAUGUGCCCAGAGCCAUCCUGGUUGACCUGGAACCUGGCACCAUGGACUCAGUCCGCUCUGGACCCUUUGGGCAAAUCUUCAGACCUGAUAACUUUGUCUUUGGUCAAAGUGGAGCCGGAAACAACUGGGCCAAAGGUCACUACACAGAGGGGGCGGAGCUGGUGGACUCGGUCCUGGACGUUGUGAGGAAAGAGGCGGAGAGCUGCGAGUGCCUGCAGGGCUUCCAGCUCACGCACUCACUGGGAGGAGGCACGGGCUCCGGCAUGGGCACCCUGCUCAUCAGCAAGAUCCGAGAGGAGUAUCCCGACCGCAUCAUGAACACCUUCAGUGUGGUGCCCUCUCCCAAGGUGUCAGAUACCGUGGUUGAGCCGUACAAUGCCACGCUGUCGGUCCACCAGCUGGUCGAAAACACAGACGAGACCUACUGCAUCGACAAUGAAGCCCUGUACGACAUUUGCUUCCGCACUCUCAAACUCACCACGCCCACCUAUGGCGACCUCAACCACCUGGUGUCAGCCACCAUGAGCGGCGUGACCACGUGCCUGCGUUUCCCCGGGCAGCUCAACGCCGAUCUGAGGAAACUGGCCGUCAACAUGGUGCCCUUCCCUCGUCUGCACUUCUUCAUGCCCGGCUUUGCGCCUCUGACCAGCCGGGGGAGCCAGCAGUACCGCGCCCUCACGGUGCCUGAGCUCACCCAGCAGGUGUUUGACGCCAAAAACAUGAUGGCGGCGUGCGACCCCCGUCACGGGCGCUACCUCACGGUGGCCGCCGUGUUCCGUGGCCGCAUGUCCAUGAAGGAGGUGGACGAGCAGAUGCUGAACGUGCAAAACAAGAACAGCAGCUACUUCGUGGAGUGGAUCCCCAACAAUGUGAAGACGGCGGUCUGCGACAUCCCGCCACGUGGCCUCAAGAUGGCCGUUACCUUCAUCGGCAACAGCACGGCCAUCCAGGAGCUGUUCAAGCGCAUCUCUGAGCAGUUCACCGCCAUGUUCCGCCGCAAGGCCUUCCUCCACUGGUACACCGGCGAGGGCAUGGACGAGAUGGAGUUCACCGAGGCCGAGAGCAACAUGAACGACCUGGUGUCCGAGUACCAGCAGUACCAGGACGCCACGGCCGAGGAGGAGGGCGAGUUUGACGAGGAGGUGGAAGAGGACGCCUGAAAAACUAGCAACAACUGUGAUCUGAAGACGUAGAAGAAGCAGAAGAAGCAUGAAUAGCGACGUGACGACAUGAAUGGAAGAUGGACAUGGACGAAACUGACGUGACCAAGUGCCAUGGUUAAUGGUUUCACUUACGGCAAAACAAAGUAAAGUGUUGUAUCAAAUCCACAAUUCAACAUUUGUCUUCAUACUGUGAUUUCUACCUUGAACAAAUGCUGCGUUAAAUGUUUAAAUUUAUGGAUUAAAAGCUGAUAUUAUUGCACUCAAAAUCCCUUUUAAUAGCAUAUGAUGUUUUUUUUAAUCACAGUCAACUUUAGAUGUUUCUAUUCCACAUUUAAAUAAGUGUCCGUGGCCUGAGUUGGUUGUUUUUGUUGGGGGGGUGGAAACCAGGGCAUGUGAAAGUGUGAACAUGAAGAUGAAAAAUGUGAAAAAUUCUGCCUGUUAUCAGUGUUAAAAUCUUUUGCAUUCAGUGUUACAUUUGAUCAUUAAUUAAAGAACCAUUCUCAGAGA